AGCAACGGCCACUUCCGCCGAGCAGAGACCUCGCCAGGAGUAAAAAUGGCGGAGUCGGUACUAGAAGUUGUCCGAAAGCUGCAGUCUCGGCUCGCUUCGGAGCCCAAGAAGCUGAUGAAGAAUUUGAAGAGGCUUUCUGAACUGCCAAUUACAAUUGACAUUCUUAUGGAGACUGGUGUCGGAAAGACGGUGAACGGUUUACGAAAACACGAACAUGUUGGGGACUUUGCCAGGAACUUGGUAGCGAGAUGGAAGAAGCUGGUGCCAGUUUCACAGGAAACAGAGCGGCAUACUCUUGAAUCUACAGCACAGGGCUAUGACCAAAACAUCUCUAGGAAACGGCAGCGAGACCUUCAUCCCAAAGAGGAUGAAAAGGCCUACUCAGAGACAUAUCAGCCUUCUUGCAGCCAGUCAUAUGAGUUGGAUUGUGGAACUAAAAAGACCAAGAGGUAUUCAGACCCGGAAAAAUCUGAGCAUGAUGAAAGCUACGGUAUUGCAGAAGACAGGUCAUGGAGGAGAGGCUCCUCUGACCUGGAAUGUUCUGAUUAUGGACACACGGUCUCAUCUGAGCUCAGUGAAAGUCCUCAGGAACUAUAUAUGGACCUCCAUCACGCUGCAGAAGAAGAGCGGGAGCAAAAUCUUUUUCCCCCAAAGGGGUCUAAAAGCCACCAAUUUCAGGACAGACAAGAAGCUACUCCUCAUAGGAACUUCAGUGACUCUCAAGAUAAGGCUAGUUCAAGUCGGAGCAAAGAGCCUAAAUCUUCUCACAAGGAGAGGCAGCGGCUAGAAACCAAGGGGAAGGAGAAGACACCUGUAUUUAGCCCAGAGAGGUUACCAAAGGCUUCUUCAUCCCAGGACGCUUCCUUAUCGAGCAGCAGCAAAGAGAAGGCGAAGGCCCUGGACAGCCUCAAACAAGACAAGAAGAAAGACGGCAGCGGCAUCAAGAAGGAGAAGGCCCACUUUGACCUGGAUGAUAGCUUGAACGAACAUAGGAAGAAGCAAAAAACUCACGACUCCGAAAGGGCCAAACCAAUAAAGAUGAAGCUUAGCGUGGAAACCGUCUGUGGAGAUCGGGAGAAACCAAAAGCUGUGGGUGAUUUGCCCAAUAAGAACAGGGAGAAGAAGACUCCCAGCAGCCUUAAAACCUCUGAGGGCAAACCCAGAGGCACUGAAUCAAACAAGAGAUCUGCAGGCCUCUCACCUUCCAGAGAGGGAGAGGUGGAGGAUGAGUUUGAACAGCCCACCAUGUCCUUUGAGUCCUACUUGAGUUACGACCUGCCUCAGAAGAAGAAGAGAAAGCUGGCCAAGCCCACGACUCCAGUCCCAGAGAAAGUCAAAGGACCUGGCAAGCAGAACGGUUCCAAGUGCAGUGCCAAGAGCUCAGACCCUAGCCGGAAGGCUCCCAAGCCACCGAGCGAGAAGAAGCCGGAGGAGCCCCCUAAAGCAAAAAAAUUACUUAUUGAUGUGGUGCCGAUGCUUCCCGACAUCCCGUUGCCUCCAAUCCAGGCAAAUUAUCGUCCUCUUCCUUCAAUGGAGAUGAUCCCGUUCACCCAACCAAAGAGAAAAGCACUCUCCUCCCCAACUCAAGAGGACGAGGCUGGUUUCACCGGACGUCGGUUGAAUUCCAAGAUGCAGGUGUACUCCGGUUCCAAGACAGCUUAUCUUCCGAAGAUGAUGAGUCUUCAUGAGCAAUGCAUCCGGGUUCUCAGCAACAAUAUUGAUUCAAUCUAUGAAGUGGGUGGUGUCCCUUAUUCUGUAAUUGAGCCUGUUUUGGAACGCUGCACCCCAGAACAGUUGUAUCGCAUUGAGGAGUACAAUCACGUUUUAACUGAAGACACAGAUCAGUUGUGGCACAAUCAUUGCCAGCGUGAUUUCAAGAAAGAGAAGCCAGAUGAGUUUGAGAGCUGGAGAGAAAUGUAUCUACGGCUGCAUGAUGCUCGAGAGCAGCGACUUCUGAUGCUAACGCAAAACAUCCGUUCAGCUCAUGCCAAUAAGCCCAAAGCCAGAGUAGCUAAGAUGGCAUUUGUCAACUCAACGGUCAAGCCACCCCGGGAGGUGAGGAGAAGACAAGAAAAAUUUGGAACUGGAGGAGCAGCUGUCCCAGAGAAGAUCAAAAUCAAACCUCUGUUCUUCACGCCAACAAAAAGCAGCAGCGUUCACGCUGAAGAGGAACCGGCUUACGACAGGCCCAGCACCAGCAGCGGCCUCUCAGGCUCAUCCCUGGGCAGCACUUCAUCGGUGACCUAUGACCCGAGGAAGCCCCAGGUGAAGAAAAUUGCACCUAUGAUGGCAAAGACUAUCAAGGCUUUCAAAAACCGAUUUUCUCGAAGAUAAAGACACUGUCAGGCUCCAGUGAAUGCGAAGGAAAAAUCUUAUGGAAGCAAUGCUUACAGGAAAAUGGGAAUUUGUUGGGGGGGGGUUCCUCAAAUCCCCCAAAGCCCUAUUUAAGACCAACUGCACAGUAUUGUUCAAAACCCCCUUCCGGUUUUCUCCCUUUGUCCCCGUAAUUUGGUUUUUAUCUGCCAAGCGUUUUGCAAAUGUGAAGUCUUGGCACCUGGCUGAGACAUGAAGGUCCACAAGCUAUAGCUCUUUCUUCAGUCUCUUUUUUCUGGACUCCAGAAUGGAAAGAGACCCGCCUUCCACCAUCUGCAGUGUUUUCUUUGUCACCCCUUGGCCAGUUGUAAGACUUCAGAUCUGCUCUUCUAGUGUCCACUGUGAAAGACCAUCUUUUUGCAGAUACUGUUCACGAUUAAGCAACCUCUGCUGAAUGACCUCUUGAGACUUCUACAAUCUUGGUCAAUCUUCCAGCAAAUGGAUUUCCCCAGACAUCAUCAUUUUCUCCUCCUUUCUGUUUUACAGUUGCAGCUCUUAAGUGUUCAUCUCAUGCCUAAAAACCCUUUGUGCCAGAUACAAGUUGAUUGGCCUUUCUAAAUGGGGACAUCUGGAGGUGCCACUGUCGUUCUGUUCACUUGGCAAAGGAAAAAAGUAAUAAUAAGAGAUGGGUACAUGUCAUUUUAAACUCUUAGGGAAAAAAAAGCAGCACAACUCAGGAAGCGAAGAAUAAGUCACUUUGCACACAUCUGGAUUUUAAGCAUUCAUCGGAGGUUUCUUAUUUUAAAAAUGUAUAGUGACGAUAAUGGGGAUAGGUUCUCCCCAUUUCAAAUGGAAAACAAGGACUUAACAUUAGAUUUUUCCUCUUCUAUCCCUCUGGUUUUAACAACAGAACAGGCACUUUAAUUCACUGUUACCCUUUAAAGAGCUCCAUUGACAAAACCUCACUCAUCUAGGAGUUUUGGAUGUUGCAGAACAGAAAAAGAUAGGCCAAGCCCAGGGGGCAGGUUUUGGUCUGGAGCUACAGCAUCUGCUAUGGAAUAAUCUACAAGAACAUUUCAUGCACAGAACAAGUCACGGGGGAAAAAGUUCUGAGAGUGGUCUAUCUGUCUCGGUGCUUAUUGGCUGCUGUUGUUUUACUCCUGGAGGGGACAGUGAGUUGAUGAUUUUAUUUAUGCUGAUGUUGAUAGUUAUAUGUUGUGGAGGGGAAAGACAGACCGGAUUUUGGAAGGCUUGUUGGUGUGCUUCCUUAGUGCCACGGUUGAAUGAACAUUGAUGUCCAUGUGUUUUGUGAAGGAAUCUGGCUUUUUCCUGAUGAUACGAAUGGAGGAAAAAGAGGUUCUUCCCAGUGGCCUUCUACUGCCACCAUUCUGAACUCUGGCCUUCAGGUUUUCUGCUGACACCCAAUUACCCAUGAGAGUAGUAGUCCAAAAGCCCCGUUAACUUUAAAAACCAGCAAUUCCCCCAUAAAUGUAAAGCUGGAGGGGAUAUGUAGUAUGUGCCAUCUGGGAUCAGAAAGCUCUCUUGGAGUUCUCUGUCCAGUCUAACCAACAAUGUCCACUGAAAUGCCAAUAGUUGGAAGUUGCUGGGGAUUUAAAUUCAGCUCCAAAACUGCAUGAAAAAGACAGCGCCUUUUUCAAAACCCACCAUAUAAUUAAAAAUUUAUAUGCAUUUAUAUGCAUUUUGUGUAUGUAUGUGUAUAUGUAUGUACGCAUGUAUGUAUAUAUAUACAUAUAUACACACAUAUAUAUAUAUAUAUGUAGGUGUGUAUAUAUAUAUAUAUAUAUAUAUAUAUAUAUAUAUAUAUACAUAUAUAUACAUAUAUACACACACACACACAUAUACGCAAAAUAUGUGUAGUGUGUGUUCAGCCAUACACACACACACACAUGAAAAGCAUAGAAUGCGUUUUGUGUAUAUAUGUAUGUGUGUGUAUAUAUAUGUAUGUAUAUGUGUAUAUACAUAUGUAUGUGUAUAUAUACCCACACAUACAUACAAAAUGCAUAUAAAAUGCAUGUAAAAAUUUAAUUAUAUGAUAGUUUUUAAAAAAGGCACUGCCUUCCUCAUGCAGUUUUGGAGUUGAAUUUAAAUCCCCAGCAACUUUGUGCAGCAUUUUAAAUUAAAGGCAGAUUGGAUUGAAUGAUGUUGGAUUUUUAAAAAAAUGCUCCUUUUGUGUUGCUGCACCUAAUUUUGUGGGUUUUGACAUGAUAUGUUCUUCUGCCAGUUGUUGUACCUGGUGUAUUUUCUCCUUUUCGUUGUUGGAUUUGGUGGUAGAAGGGACAGGCCAAGAAA